AUGGACACUCAGGUCCAAAAAUUAGUCGAAAAAGCAUGGGACAGGUAUCAACAACUGGCACCUGGACAGAGGCUGUUCGUCUCUAAAAGACUCAACGAAUAUGCCGCUGAGACCUCCACCAACACUCCUCCGCCAACAACAUACGUUCCCAUGGAUGGCUUCCAUUUCACCCGGGACGCGCUCUCCGCCAUGCCGGAUCCUGCCAAUGCUCACGCCCGUCGCGGCGCAGCAUUCACCUUUGACGCGGCCAAAUUUCUCACCUUGAUCCAGAAGCUUCGGGAACCGAUAUCGGCGCAACCCAUUCUUGCACCAUCAUUUGAUCAUGCUGUCAAAGACCCCAAGGAGGACGAUAUAGCCGUAUUACCAACGCAUAAGAUAGUCAUUUUGGAAGGCAACUAUCUCGCGUUGGACAAGGACGUCUGGCGGGACGCCGCUGCAUUAUUUGACGAGUUGUGGUUUGUAGAGGUGGAAUUCGAAGUUGCGAGGAAGAGAUUAAGGGAGCGACAUGUCCGAGCGGGGAUAGUCAAGACGAUAGAAGAGGGGGACAAGAGAGCGGUUGAGAAUGAUCUCGUGAACGGAACAGAGAUCAUGACACAGCGGCUGAGGGUAGAUGAGGUUGUGCGGAGUGAGGAGGACGGAUCAUGGGUUCAUGACUGA